CUUGGUUCCUCUAAUAGUUUUAUUAGCCCCCACUUCCUUAAAUAUUAUAGAAUACUUGUUUAAGUUCUGAACUUUCUCAUCACCCAGGCUGUCAUAAAAUUCCUUUGAAGGUAUACUUUUAGUCCUUGAAUUUCCAUUGUGUUGAAAUUCUGUUGUCCUUAAGCAAUGAAGUUUUCUUGAAGAUGACACCAUCUUUCUUUGAACUAAAAAUUCAAAAUCCAUCUACAUGCCUCGACUUUAAAUGUCAUGUUUUUAUUAUCUUAAUAUUAUGAUUUUUUUCGCUUUUGACUAAACUAUUCCUUUUCUGAAUUUUGAAACCUCAGGCAUAUGCAAGAGUUAUUUUCGAUUUGUCAUACUUAUCAUGUCUGUACCUUUGUUAUUUUAUUUUAUCACCUUAUUAUUACCUCUGCUGGUCACUUUUAUUAACACUGAACAAAUUAUCAAUAGGUUCUUAUCUAAAUAUUUACAUUGAACAAUUAAACAUAGUGACGACUGAAUUAGUGACUUUACUGAUAAUAAUUUGCCUUUGAUGAAGUUGAUAAGUGCAUUUAUCUCCUUUAUUGACUACAGAGCUGACGUGUUUCGUCAUUUAACAGUUCUAUCAAAGUUCACUUCUGAGCCAACUAUUGAAUUCAAGGGAUUAGAAGUUGGAAAUAUUUAAAAUAUAACUCAUUAUGAGUUUAUCUAUAGUAAUAAUAAAAUUUUCCAAAAAUGUCUCUUAUCACCUUUGUCCAUUAGAUUCUUCAAUUUGUAUUGGACAGAUGAUGAGUUUUAGGUUAUGUCUAAGUUAGGUCAAUAUUCAACUCUAGUAACACUGUCGAAGACUUUUGGAGUUACAUGAAGUAAGAAAAUGUGAAUGAACUUGAGGAAAAUCUCAAGAAACGGUGCUCGUGACUUCGGUUUCUUUUUAAUUUCUAAAUCGUUGGAGUUACAGAAAAGGGUGGACUAUGGAUGACUCACGGGAGGUAGAGGCAUUAAAGGAACCGGCUGAAGAAGAAUAUGAGGGAGAGAGCGAGGAACAAAUCGAGGAACAAGAGAGACUUUCCGAUGGUUUCUACUCUUAUUGUUCCACGGACUCGACUUUCGACCAACCUGAAUACAAGCACUUACUUCAUGAACCCCCUGAAAAUAUGUUUGAAAUACAGGCACCGGAAAGAGUAAUUUUAUCAGACGAUGAAGAAGAGAUGCAAAAAAGCGAAUCAGGGACCAUUCAUAUACUUUCUGAACAAACUGAAAUUUCUGAUGAGUCAGCGUGGUAUAAGGAUGUGCAAAAACCUCCUGAGAAAGAAGUGUCAUUUGUGGAAAAACUUACCGAUGUCAGCUCGGAACAUUUUAAGGAUAAUAAAGUUGAGGAGGAGGAAUAUUCAUCAGAACAAAUAUCUGCUGAGUUAGAAGAAAUGGAAGAAGAAGAUGAAGAAGAAGAAGAAGAAGAAGAAGAGGAACAAUUGGAAUCUGAAAUGGAUGAGGAGUAUGAAAAAGAACGAAAAGUCGCACAAUUUCAAAGGGAACUUGAAGAAGUGCUGAGCUAUGAAUUUCCAGAAAAUGUUAAUGAAGAAGAAGGAAUGCAGGUAUUAUUAUACGAGAAUAUGCUGAAGGAACUGGAAAAAGAAGAUAAGGAAAUUGAUGUAAUGCUCACAGAACUUGAUAAGAGCGAAAAGACAAUUCACAUUAUUGAAAGAACGUUAGGCCCAUUGAUAACACAUUACGAAAAAGAAAUAUCUGCCUUCCGCAAAGUUGGAGCCGAUAGUUUCGCAGACUUCGAGGGAGAAGAGGAAGAAGAGGAUGUCGAGGAUGAAUACAAGAGUAGGGCUGCUGAGAUGGCCAAGGAGAUUUUGGAAGCAAAUGAUAUCGAGUCGGUUGGAUCUUUGGGCAAGGAAUCAUCAGGGGAUGAUUUGAGCAACAUGCUCUCCCAGAUGGCUCUUGACCUGAAGGAUUCAGAACCGGAAGUGGAAAAGGAAGAACAGCCGGGCUCGAAAAAGGCUCAGGUGGGCAAGAGAAGAAAAACAGUACAAUCACGACGAGCCUCAAAACCAAAAAUAGAAACAAAGAAAAAAAAGAAGUAGUAUACCAUAUUAUGACACAAUGAAUAAAAGUAAUGUCAGUGGAUUAUAGUUCCGUUUUAGCAAUUGAUGCGAUCUUAAAAAAUUAAUAUCAAUAUAUGGGCACAAUUGCCCAUCCUCUACCAAGAA